AUGUCUUCAGAACAAGAACAUCAACCAACAACCGAAAAGGUUCCAAAACCUGCUCCAGAAGAUGACGAUGAUGAAGAUGAAGAUAUCGAUCAAUUGAUUGAAGAUCUUCAAUCUGAUGCUGGUCAAGAAUUCGAUGAAGAAGAAGCUGGUGAAGCUGGUGCUACUGCUAGACCAGUUCCAGAAGAAUUAUUGCAAACUGACCCAAGUUACGGUUUAACUUCUGAUGAAGUUACCAAAAGAAGAAAGAAGUUUGGUUUAAAUCAAAUGGCUGAAGAAAAAGAAAACUUGGUUGUUAAAUUCUUAAUGUUCUUCAUUGGUCCAAUUCAAUUCGUUAUGGAAGCUGCUGCUAUCUUAGCUGCCGGUUUAGAAGAUUGGGUUGAUUUCGGUGUUAUCUUAGGUUUAUUGUUUUUAAACGCUGCUGUUGGUUUCAUUCAAGAAUACCAAGCUGGUUCUAUUGUCGAAGAAUUGAAAAAAACCUUAGCCAACUCUGCUAUCGUUAUCAGAGAUGGUUCAUUAGUUGAAGUUCCAUCUAAUGAAAUUGUUCCAGGUGAUAUCUUACAAUUGGAAGAUGGUACUGUUAUCCCAGCUGAUGGUCGUAUCGUUACCGAAGGUGCUUUGUUACAAGUUGAUCAAUCUGCUUUAACCGGUGAAUCCUUAGCUGUUGACAAACACUUUGGUGACAAUGUUUUCUCCUCAUCCACCAUCAAACGUGGUGAAGCUUUCAUGAUUGUUACUGCUACUGGUGAUAACACUUUUGUUGGUAGAGCUGCUGCUUUAGUUAACAAAGCUGCUGGUGGUCAAGGUCAUUUCACUGAAGUUUUGAACGGUAUUGGUACUAUUUUAUUAGUCUUAGUUAUUGUUACUUUGUUACUUGUCUGGGUCUCAUCAUUCUACAGAACCAACAAAAUUGUUAGAAUCUUGCGUUACACUUUGGCCAUCACCAUUGUUGGUGUUCCAGUCGGUUUACCAGCUGUUGUUACCACUACCAUGGCUGUUGGUGCUGCUUACUUAGCUAAAAAACAAGCUAUUGUCCAAAAACUUUCUGCUAUCGAAUCCUUAGCUGGUGUUGAAAUCCUUUGUUCUGAUAAAACUGGUACUUUAACCAAAAACAAAUUGUCUUUGCAUGAACCAUACACUGUUGAAGGUGUUGAUGCUGAUGAUUUAAUGUUAACUGCUACUUUGGCUGCUUCAAGAAAGAAGAAGGGUUUAGAUGCUAUUGAUAAAGCUUUCUUGAAAUCCUUAGCUAACUACCCUCGUGCUAAAGCUGCUUUAACUAAAUACAAAGUUAUUGAAUUCCACCCAUUCGAUCCUGUCUCAAAGAAAGUUACUGCUCUUGUUGAAUCCCCAGCUGGUGAAAGAAUCAUCUGUGUUAAAGGUGCUCCAUUAUUCGUUUUGAAAACUGUUGAAGAAGACCAUCCAAUUCCAGAAGAAGUUCAUGAAGCUUAUGAAAACAAAGUUGCUGAAUUCGCUUCUCGUGGUUUCCGUUCAUUAGGUGUUGCUAGAAAGAGAGGUGAAGGUCACUGGGAAAUCUUGGGUAUUAUGCCAUGUAUGGAUCCACCUCGUCAUGAUACUGCUAAAACUGUUAACGAAGCUAAACACUUGGGUUUGAGAAUUAAGAUGUUGACUGGUGAUGCCGUUGGUAUUGCUAAAGAAACUUGUCGUCAAUUAGGUUUAGGUACCAACAUUUACAAUGCUGAACGUUUAGGUUUAGGUGGUGCUGGUGACAUGCCAGGUUCUGAAAUUGCUGAUUUCGUUGAAAAUGCUGAUGGUUUCGCUGAAGUUUUCCCACAACAUAAAUAUAAUGUUGUUGAAAUCUUACAACAAAGAGGUUACUUGGUUGCCAUGACUGGUGAUGGUGUUAACGAUGCUCCAUCUUUAAAGAAAGCUGAUACUGGUAUUGCUGUCGAAGGUGCUACUGAUUCUGCCCGUUCUGCUGCUGAUAUUGUUUUCUUAGCUCCAGGUUUAUCUGCCAUUAUUGAUGCUUUGAAAACUUCCAGACAAAUUUUCCACAGAAUGUACUCUUAUGUUGUUUACCGUAUUGCUUUAUCAUUACAUUUGGAAAUCUUUUUAGGUUUAUGGAUUGCUAUCUUGAAUGAAUCAUUAAACAUUGAUUUAGUUGUUUUCAUUGCCAUUUUCGCUGAUGUUGCCACUCUUACCAUUGCUUAUGAUAAUGCUCCAUAUGCUCCAAAACCUGUUAAAUGGAACUUACCAAGAUUAUGGGGUAUGUCUAUUAUCUUAGGUAUAAUUUUAGCUAUUGGUACUUGGAUUACUUUGACUACUAUGUUUGUUCCAAAAGGUGGUAUCAUCCAAAACUUCGGUUCUAUUGAUGGUGUUUUAUUCUUGCAAAUUUCUUUAACUGAAAAUUGGUUAAUUUUCAUUACUAGAGCUGCUGGUCCAUUCUGGUCAUCAAUUCCAUCAUGGCAAUUAGCUGGUGCUGUCUUCAUUGUUGAUAUCAUUGCUACUAUGUUUGCUUUAUUCGGUUGGUGGUCACAAAACUGGAACGAUAUUGUUACUGUCGUUCGUGUUUGGAUUUUCUCUUUCGGUACCUUCUGUGUCAUGGGUGGUGCUUACUACUUGAUGUCUGAAUCUGAAGCUUUCGAUAGAUUCAUGAACGGUAAACCAAUUAAAGAAAAACAAGAACAAAGAUCAUUGGAAGAUUUCGUUGUUGCCAUGCAAAGAGUCUCCACUCAACAUGAAAAAUCUUCAUAG